AUGGAAAGUUCACGCUUUACUAAGGACCAGAUGGAGAAACUGGUCCAAAUUAUGGAGCAAAAUCCCGAAGUAGCGAAAGGGAUUUGCUCCAAUCCGUCUGCGUUCUGGGGAGAAGUCUGCAAAGAGUUAAAUCCUUUGGGCCCUUCAAAAGAUAAAACAGGAUGGAGAAAGGCAUGGGCCGACAAAAAAUCCAAUGUUAAGAAAAAGUACACUCAGAUGGUACAAGAACGGAAUAAAACCGGAGGUGGUAUCGCGGCAUCUUGUACUUUUACCGAGAUUGAGGAAAGAAUCCUUAAUGUAACCAAUAUUAAAACCAAUGCGGAAGGUGUAGAGGAUACCAUUUGCAUUGGAGUUCCAGUGGGACAUCAGAAAGGCGAUCAGCAGCUGGCACAGGAUUUUCAUCUAGAGGAGCUUCCACCUCGUCAAGAUCUUCAGCAUCAAAAUCAACCAAUCAUCUCUUCAGCAGAAGAGGAGCUUCAGCAUCAAAAUCAAGAAGGAUCACAAGCAGCAGACAACCAGCAGAAAGUUCAGCGUCCAUCAGUACCAAAGAGUAAGACUAACUUUCAAGAAGUUAUUGUGAACCAAAACGCUGAAAUCGUAAACCAACUCACAGAACUAGUUGGUGCCAUUAAAAUGUUUGUAGAAGGUAGCUUGAAUUUUCAGCAGGAAAUAUUAAGUCACUUGAAAAAAAAUAAUUAA